UAGCACAUCCAAAAACAGAAUAGUAUCUUCAGCAGCACCAGUACCCAUUCCCAUAAACGAAAAUAAAGCAUUUUUAAAUUUGGAGUUUAAUUACACGGGUGUUGUAUUGCCCCUUACGGUGAAAUCAACUCGCUUCACACGCAUCAAAAAUAAACGAAACCGAAAGCAUCUUCUCCCAUUGACCACGCUCAACGUUGAUUGAUUUCUUUUCCUCGCGUGAAUCGUACUCUUUCAACAACAAACAAGGCAUUAGUAUGUACAUGCCCAAAUUCACGCUUAAUGUCACGACUCCGCUUCAAAAGGGUGAUUCACUGUAUCCCACCAACUUUACGGAAGGUGUCUGCUGGCUGGAGAAUCUUCCGAAACGACACGCAGCCAGGUUUCACCGCAAAACUUUAUUCAACGGGUCGAUUGCUUUCGUCAUUUCACUCCCGGUACGCUGCGGAAAUAUGAAGACCGACAACUAGUAGUUGGGACUGAAUCGUGCACUUUGGCGCCACACGUUGAUCCAAAGAAAGCAAAAAUUGAUUUAGUUAUGGCAUGGCACGGCGGAAGGAGUAAGUAGCAAGGGAUAUCUGGAACAAGCUGCCAAUCACGAUUGGCAUUGCUACAGAAAGUGAGUAAUGUGACUUAAUUUAUCCACCAGCAGAGUUGUUGAGUGUCGGUCGGGGUUCUACCUUGCAUGCCAUCAGAGGGAAGCUCUCCGCACUACUGGACGAGCGUGCAUGAGGUCUUUCCAAAAUUUAAAUGCGUUUUCGCGUACUCUCGCUUCUGGGUGCUGCAAUAGUAUUAAUAUGUUUCGAAAUAACUUUAGGAAAUUGUCACUGCGUGAUCACUGCCGUUGAUUAUAUGCAGAUUUUCGAUACGCCAAGCAUUGGAAUACUCACUGAGCGGUGGUUAUAAAAGUGGGACCAUUUGAAAUUGUAGUUUUAGUUUCGAGAAGGAUUCGGGUCGGAAAUGAGCUACUAAGCGUUAUUGUCGCAAAAUGAUUGAGAAGGUUUUGUUCAUCGUUUUGUUUUCGAUACAAUCGGCGCGUAGUGACGUUUUUGCAAGCAAAAGUAUUACUCGGGCGUUGGUUCCUCCUCGAAGGGAUUCCGAAUACAAAAGCGGGUAUUCUACUACGACACCCCUGCCAGAAGUUAUUAUCAAUCGUCAACCUUCACGGACAACAACAGCUCCUCAACGAGACUUUCAAGGAUACUUCUACAAUCCACCGAGUAAUGAGUACAUACCUCCGGAGCAGCCCUUUGCAGAUGAACCGCAGCCACCGGCGCAAAGACCUCCUCUCUCGGAUGAAUACCCAUCGGUGGACAACCAAUACAUUCCUCCCGAUGAAGAUUCUGGAACUCCGGAUGAUACUCAAUUUGCGGAUCCGCCAGUUAACGACUAUCUUCCGCCACCGCAACAACCACCACAACGAGAUGAAAUUAUUAUUGUUACGACCGAACCAGGAUACCACUACAAUCCUCCGAGUUCACCGAUACCUCCAUUUGCGGAUGAAGGUUUCUCUAACCCAUCAACGGAUACCGGCUACAACUACGAUCGUCCUUCCAAUGCCUACAUCCCACCACUUGGAAGGGCAUUGCGUGAUGAAGUUCCCGGAAGUUCUCGUCCCAUAAGACUACAGCUGAACGACCUUACGUGCCUGGAUAACAAUGGAGGAUUUUUCCGAUCCUCGCUUACCAUACAAAGUGCUAUUGAUAGUGUUCCUCUGGUAGAUGUGACUAGUGACGGGGACCUAAGUGGUUGUGAUAUUCGGGUAGCCCAAAACAGACUGCUAGUGGACAUUGAAUCGAACUACUUCGCCAGAUGUGGUGUCCAACCGUGUGGUGUCAAUUCUCGCGAAUUGUGUCUCCGGUUAAGAUUUCCUCAAAUAGCGGGCAUGCGAACGGCUGCGGACUCAAUUCUCACCCUACAAUGCAAAAUACAACAACGUGUCGUGGCAAAAACUCAUUCCGUUCGACUAGGUGUGAACAAUGAUGUACAAGAAAGAAGUGCGCCCGGUACGUUUGCCUUCGGAGGAUCCCAACGGCCCUUUCGAACGCAGCUGGGGCUUUUUCGGAGGUCCGAAAACGGAAACGGGUUCACCCGGGCACUCGAUCCAGGUGGUUCGGUAGUUCUGGGAGAAGAGUUGAUGCUGCGCACCCAAGUUCGUAGCGGAGAUGGUUGGAACUUUACGCGGCUAUCCGAUGUCGUUAUGCAACGACAGACUUCGGCGGGUAGCGUGCUUAACUCGGUGGCCAUCCUGACGACGAACGGUUGUCUGAAUCCAACAAUGAGAGCCAUCAGCUCGGUGGCUCCCGUAGCGGAAUCACCGCUCAGCUAUAGGUUGGCCUUCCGGGCCGCGAUGUUCCAAGGGAUGCGAAGCGGAGACGAAAUGGUUAUGCGGGUGCGAAUAGUUGGCUGUGUGGAUCGACGGGAGUGCGCUGUGGAGAACUGCUCGACCGUCCGUUCCAAAAGAGAUACCGCAGACAACUCCACAGAAGACAUCUCCGAAGAAGACGAACUCCCCUCCGAGGUGGCAUCGAUUUCGUUCCGAAUCAUGCUGCCAUCCAAUUCCACCUUCGACCUUCGCUCUGGCGCCCAAACGACUUCAUCGUUUCUCACGCUCUCGGUGGCAGUGAUCAUUUCGGUCGUAAUGCUAGUAGCGCUAAUCGUACUGAUUACCGUCAUAAAGCUGUACCGAACCAAACGGCUGCCCUACGAUGAGUACCGAUCGGAUUAAGUGCAAUGAAAGACAUCAACACGAUCAACCUCAUAUCCAGUUGGUUCCGAACGAAAGCGAACGUGAAUAACUACCCGAGCAAAGUCUAACAACAAAAUGAUAGCCAAUCGAAAACACGAUUUGUAAUCAGCAGCAAAUUGAUAUCAUAUAUUGAUAUCAGAUUGUCUUGAUUAAUUUCGAUUUCAAAUUUUGAUAUCGUUUUGUUGUCAUUUAAAAUAAUUACAAAUGUUUAAGUUUUUAAGUCAUUUCAAAACUUCUAGGCGACCUUGUAUGAUGCAUCUAAUGAUAUACCAUCAGUGCAAUUAACGUAUUGCAUUUAGGUUUCCAUAUUAUUCGAAAAAACUCUAAAUUUAACGAUUUUUCCAUUUUUUCGCACUGAUAGCAAAAACAGUUAAAACGACCAAAACGACAUCAACCUGAGUAAUCAUAAUUUGCAAUAUCACAACAUCAAAAUUAGUUUUCGAUUUGCUGUCAGACUUUGCUCGGGUAGCCGGCCGUGUUGUCGCCGGCGCACGUUGCAGUAGCUGUUAGCACAUGCCACUGCUUAAGUGAGGGAGAUACCUUCAUCCGAUCUCUAAGGGGUAUCGAACGUGUGUAUACUCUAUUCUCCAGACCAGUCAUAAUGGAUGUAAUAAAAUACAAAAAAGAGUCAACCCAAUCACUAAACAGUGUUGCUGUAAAAUAGAAAAAAUAAACACAUUUAUUCAUGAGCUGUGCGGUUGGUGCAGUUCGUGAUGGAUAAAUAAGUUAUUAUAUUUAUUAUGUGGUGCUAAGGAAAAUGCAAGCAAGCAUGGAAGCAAUAAAAAACUGGUAGCCUAAUGAAAUCUCCUGGGAAUUCUAUUACCUCAUCAACCAACAACGAACGUACUGUCUAGUUAGUAAUGUCGUCGUCAGCGUCUCUGCUCUACGGUGCCGGUUUGUGCUCAUUGAAAUGAUGAAGGAAUCGAACAGUAAUGGGAAAUGAGACCACAAGCUGAUCCACUUUUUGUUAGCGGUGUAAUUAUAGUUUAAUUAAUUGUAUAUUGAUUUUCAAAAUGGAAAUAAAUCGAAUGAAGUUAUACCGAAAUAAAUGUUGUUUCAUUGUCGAA